UUUAUACCAUGGCUUCGAAAAGAAAACGUGUUGUGCUAUCGUUAGCGGACAAACUGAAAAUUAUAGAGCAACUCGAUAAAGGUGUAACGGGUAAGAAGUUGUCUGAGAUUUAUGGUGUUGGACAAGCAACAAUUUCUGACAUUAAAAACAGCAAGUCAACACUUUUAAACUUUGUUUCGGUGCUUGAAAAUGAAGAUGGAAGUUCCUCCAGGAAAACAAUGAAGAAAGCUGCAGCUGCUGAAAAUUUUAUUGAAAAAUUUAAAACUGCAUCAGAAUCCGGAGGACAUAAGGUCAGUAAAGAACGUGUUACAGUGCUUAACUGUGCCAACUCCACUGGAAAUCAUAAACUGCCACUUCUUUUGAUAGGAAAGUCAAGAAAUCCAAGAGCAUUUAAAAACGUAAAAAAACUUCCACUCUUCUACAAAAGUCAAUCCAAGGCCUGGAUGACUGCAGCUUUGUUUACCGAAUGGUAUGAUGAAGUGUUUAUUCCUGAAGUGAAAAAGCACCAAAAAUCGGUGGGAAAAGAAGGCAGUAAGGUGCUUUUAAUUGUUGAUAACGCACCCACUCAUCCUACAGCAGAACUGUUGGAAAGAGAGAAUGGGCAGUUUAAAACGACGUUUUUGCCUCCUAAUGUUACAAGUUUGCUGCAACCCAUGGACCAGUCUGUUAUUGAAACAAUGAAGCGCCAUUACAGAAGGCAACUGCUGAGAAAACUGCUGAUCGAAGGUGCUGAAGAUGAAGAAUUGGUUUUGGCAAAUCAUAGCAAAAUAAAUUUAAAGGACUGCUGUUACAUGGUAGCGGAAGCUUGGAGUUUGGUUACGGCAGUGACGCUAAGACAGGAAAUAAGAAAAAUGAUUGUAAAAAUUCCUGGUUGUACAGAAGUAAGUGCUGAAGAUGUAGGAGAGUGGAUGGCUUGUGACACGUCUGACCCUGGUUUUCAAAUUCUCAAUGACGAUGAAAUUGUUGUAAGUGUGAGAGAAGAUGUUGAAGUGGAAGUGGAAGAAGAACUUUCUGCUGAUGUUGAAGUAGACGCUGGACCAUCAGCUAGUGAAGCAUUUGCCGGCCUCGAGACUGCUUUGAAGUGGAUGGAGCGUCAGCCCGAGUGUGACCACUUGCAACUGCUCACCGUCAAGCGAAUGCGUGACCUGGCUGCCCGAAAACGGUUGAAGACCGCAAAACAGCUUACAUUGACGGAGAUGUUUAAAAAACAAUGAUUUUUAUUUCUAAACUUGUACAUAAGUACAUUUUAUUUAUAUUUAAAACAUGUGAAAAUUUCAUGUUUCUUUCAUUUAAUUCAAUAAAAAAAUAGUGCAAUAUCAAAACGUAGCUUUUAUUCUCUCCAAUGGCAAUUUUUUUUUAAAAAAUCCGAUUAUCCGAAUAUUUGAUUAUCCGAAUGGGUCCCGGUCCCCAUUAAUUCGAGUUCUACUGUAUUUAUAUUUAUUAUACUUCUGAUUGAAAGUCUUUGUGCGUGUUAAUUUAAUCCAACCUAACGCGCCCCCUAAACUGUUGACUCCUAUUAGAACACUUGAACAUUAAAUAUGAGUAGCAGCAGUGAGGACACGGCCCGCUCGCAGGUUAACACGCGAGUCCGCCAGGAGACCCCAAAAGCGGAACGAGUGAGUGGAAAGAUUAAGGCCCCUCCUUUUUGGGCAGAAAAACCAAAUAUUUGGUUUCGACAAGACGAGGGACAGUUCAAAAUGUACGGCAUCACCGACGAGGAAACCAAAUUCUACCAGAUGCUAUCGUCGCUGCACAGGCAGUACGCAGCGGAGGUAGAAGAUAUUAUCA